AUGCAACUUGGUUCUGUAUCUGUCGACCAACCUAUUCCUUCGACACAAAAAGCUCAAGGUCAACCACGUUCGAUAGAACGUACUGUCUCUCCUGCCUCCAAAAAAUCCAAAAAACACAAGCGUUCUGCUUCCGCGGGCUCUGAGGCUGAUGUUUCUACUGAGCCGACUCAGCCUGUUGCUGACUAUACUCCCGCGUCGCCGGUUUCUUCUCCCGCUCGCCCCUUUCAAUCUGUCGACACCGUUGGUGAGUCCAUUGAAUUUCCUCUCCAGAUUAGUGACAAUGACUCUGACUCAGUCACUAGUCUUGUAACGCAUCUGGACUCCAGUUCGACUAGUUCUGACUCGAGUCUCUCUUCAGCUUCCUUGCAGGAUCUGCGAGAGCCAGUCAAUGUCGACACCAACCAACAGCAAUCCUUCCAGGCUACUCCUUUGUCGACUGCUUCUACCCCUCAAACUACUUCGUCAACAGCUUCUCCUUCGACCUUCCCGGGGCUGGCGAUCAAACCUUCUGCUUUGGAAGCAAUUUGCUAG